AUGGACAGAAAACCAGAUGAAAACGCCUGCAUUCCACCAACUCUCGCUAAUGCAAAAUACACUGAAAACUCUAAUGGUUGGUAUGUGAACGGAGACAUAAUAAGGACAACAUGUGACAAAGGAUAUGAACACAAAGACCGGGUAGCAACAGCCAGAUGCAUAAAUGGAAUAUGGUCCUCUUUGCCCAUCUGUGAGAAAAGUUCUGACACAUGCAGUGAGCCCCCUAAAAUCCCCCAUGCUGUAAUCAUUCAUCAGGAUUACCAGGAGGUGUUUGCUGCAGAUUCAGAAUUGCAUUAUGAAUGUGAAGAUGGAUAUACUGUAGAGGGAGAACAAGCCAAAAAAUCAAUUUUUUGCAUCGCUGGAAACUGGACUGAAGGCCCAAAGUGCAGUAUAGGGACAGGACCAGAUACUGGGCAUGGUGGUUCUACAGAGGUGGGAACAGGUGGGAAACACACCACAUCUGCAGGCCAGGGGACACAACAAGGGGCUGGAGGCAGACCAGAUAGUGAGCAUGGUGGUUCUACAGAGGUGGGAACAGGUGGGAAAUACACCACAUCUGCAGGCCGUGGGACACAACGAGGGGCUGGAGAUACUUUUUUGAUCUGCAGACCAGAUGGUGAGCAUGGUGGUUCUACAGAGGUGGGAACAGGUGGGAAACACACCACAUCUGCAGACCAUGGGACACAAGUUGGGGCUGGAGGCAGACCAGAUGGUGAGCAUGGUGGUUCUACAGAGGUGGGAGCAGGUGGGCGACACACCACAUCUGCAGACCAUGGGACACAAGUUGGGGGUGGAGGAUCUUCUACCACCUCUGGCAGUAGGCGUGAACACGUAACAAUUGAAUACUGUGGGAAACAUCCACAUGUUCCAAAUGGUGAUGUUGUGCAAGUGACUACAAUGCAUUUGAAAUACAAAUGUAAUGCUUUUUACCAACAAGUCGGUUCAAACAUCGUGGUGUGUUUCGAUGAUGGCACUUGGUCACAUGUACCCAUCUGUAAAGAUGCAUUCUGUAUCAUGGCACCUGGUAAAUACCAUCAUGGUUUAGAACUAUCUGUAAGUGAAUUUAUAAAGGAAGGAGAGAAGAAACAUCUUCCAUGCACUUGGUUCUAUUAUAGCGUGGUUGUUUGGUGCACCAAUGGAAGAAUAAUUUCUACCCAGUGCUGUCGAAACGAUGACCAUAACAGGAUGAAAAAGCUUCAACAAAGUUUUCAACAAUCCCCAAUGCAAAUGGCACAGACAACUCAAAUGGCUGAAAGUUCUGACACAUGCAGUGAGCCCCCUAAAAUCCCCCAUGCUGUAAUCAUUCAUCAGGGAUACCAUGAGAUGUUUGAUGCAGAUUCCGAAGUGCAUUAUGAAUGUGAAGAUGGCUAUACUGUAGAGGGAGCACACACCAACAAAUCAGGUUUUCGCAUAGCUGGAACCUAGACUGAAGGUCCAAUAUGCAGUAAGUGGACAAUGUGAUGAGAUAUGCAGUGAUGAAGUGAUAAAAUACAUUUUUUCCAAGACAUCAUGCCUUAUGUCUUAAUUGCUUUUAUCCAUGAUCCAUGCCAGUAUUGGAGACUGGCCUGGGUUAAUUUUCCAGAUCUGGAACAGAACUUAUGGAGACUCUGGGCUCUGGGCUGUAUCCAAGUCAUAUGAUUUUUGCUAUUAGGGUGUUUAUAUGGCAUUAGCCAAAGCAUUU